UUUUAAGAAUUGGUAUAGCUACAGUACAAACUAGAGCAGCGCUUCGAGCAAGUGAAACAUAAAUCUUCUUACCAUGAGCCACGUGCUUGUUAUCACUCUGAUUGGAGUUCGGAUACUGUCUGGUGCUGCUGCUAGUGUCGACGAAGCGUAUUGCUACAGUCUUGAUGACAACCGAACUCAAUGGGGCCAUUUCGCGACCAGAACUGGCUACGAAGUCGUCCGUGGUUCGUCCUCAAGCCGGGAUUAUUUUGUAGCUGAUUGCAUCCCUACCAAGUACUGGCUGUUGGCUCGUCAUGGAACCAGACUUCAUGGUGCCAAGUAUAUCAACUUCUUGCCUCAAAGUUUGAACAAACUCCGUGACACAAUUCUCGCCAACAACGACAGUCGCAUGUGCCCGGACGAUCUGGCACUGCUGCGACACUGGCGCUGGGACAGCAACAUGACCACGGACUACGAGGGCUUUCUCACGGAAAGCGGUUGGAACGAGCUGAAAAAUUUGGCCACGCGCGAGAAGACUCGUUUCGGCGCACUGUUCCACGGUCCCUAUCGGAAAGAUCGCUUCCACUUUCGGUACACCAACACUCAGCGAACCGUUGCCAGCUUCCGGGCGUUUGCCGAAGGUCUGUUUGGGGAUGGGGCGUACGCGCGGGUCCAUCCGGAAGGAGAACCCACACGGGACACUUUGCUGAAACCGCACUUUUUCUGUCCGGAUUACGAUGAGAACAAGAGAAAGAUCCGGGGACCGGGCUCGGAGCAGGACAAAUUCAUGCAAUCGGCACUGUUUCAGCAGACCAUCGCGGACAUCUCCACCCGAUUGGGCUUCCCGUACAACCUGACCCUAGACCAGAUCGAAGACAUGUGGGACCAUUGCAGGUUCGAACAGGCUUGGUACCUUCCCCAAUUGAGUCCGUGGUGUUCGGUCUUCACCAAGGAGCAGAUCAACGUGCUCGAGUACAAGGAAGACCUGCGGUAUUACUACCAGAGUGGUCACGGCUAUGCCGGGGCUGGUGACCUAGCGUGCUUCACGAUGGCCGACAUGAUGCGGCACUUGGGACAGGCCGGUGGCGAACCUUCAAUCAUCGCGUACUUUUGCCACGAGUCGAUCAUUCAGCUGUUCCUGGUUGCGUUGGGGGCUAAAAAAGAUCCCAACCCGCUGCGAUCGGACAACUACGAAGCUAUGCGAAACCGACAGUUUCGGAGCAGCGAGUGGACACCGUUUGCGGCCAAUGUGGCUGCCGUGCGGUACCAGUGUAACGACGUUGUGAGUCCGGUGAAGAUCAAGUUCUUUCUGAACGAGAAGGUGCUGAUGUUUGAUUGGUGUGAGCGAGGUUCGUGCGAUUGGGAUGAGGUUCAGCGGAGGUUUCGGCGAUUUACUGAGGGGAAGUGUGAAGAGAUUUAUUGUAGUGGAAGUAGUGCUCAAGGAAGAAAGGAAGUGGCUUUUACAUUGAUUCUUUUGGUGUUCACAAUUCGACGGUAA